ACGCUCUUUCCUAUUGCGUCUUUUUCUUUCGAAAUACGUACGCUUUACUAUUGUUACCUUUUUUGGUUUUUUUUAUUUAUUAAGUGAUGAUGAGGUGACAGGGAUCUGUUAUCUUAUAAUCCCAUUCUCCCCACCGACUUUACUUUACCAACCUUCGCUCUCAUGGCUCGCUUUCUCUUUCUCAUCAUCGCCACACUUAUCCCUAUCUUCUCCGCUGCCACCGCCACCGCCGGAGAUGAUUUCCUCCGAUUACCCUCCCAAGCUUCUAGAUUCUUCCAAUCCGAUGACGAUAACAAUGAAGGCACCAAAUGGGCCAUCUUAAUUGCUGGUUCUAAUGGCUACUGGAAUUACAGACAUCAGUCUGAUGUUUGUCACGCGUAUCAAGUGUUGAGGAAAGGUGGUUUGAAAGAGGAGAACAUUAUUGUGUUUAUGUAUGAUGACAUUGCAGACAACCAAGAGAAUCCACGCCCCGGAGUCAUCAUUAACAGUCCACAUGGAGAUGAUGUUUACAAGGGAGUCCCUAAGGAUUAUACCGGUGAUGAUGUUAAUGUUAACAACUUCUUUGCUGCUUUACUUGGAAAUAAGUCAGCUCUUACUGGUGGCAGUGGAAAGGUUGUGGAUAGUGGUCCUAAUGAUCACAUAUUUAUAUACUAUAGUGAUCACGGCGGUCCUGGAGUGCUGGGGAUGCCUACUGGUCCAUUUAUGUACGCGACUGAUCUAAUUGAAGUCUUGAAGAAGAAGCAUGCUUCUGAAACUUAUAAAAGCCUAGUAUUUUAUCUAGAGGCAUGCGAAUCUGGGAGUAUCUUUGAGGGUCUUCUUCCUGAAGGUCUGAAUAUCUAUGCAACAACAGCCGCAAAUGCAGAAGAAAGCAGUUGGGGAACAUAUUGUCCUGGGGAGAAUCCUAGUCCUCCCCCAGAAUAUGAAACAUGCUUGGGUGACCUAUACAGUGUUGCUUGGAUGGAAGACAGUGACAUACACAAUUUGCAAACAGAAACUUUGCACCAGCAAUAUGAAUUGGUCAAAGAAAGGACUUCAAACGGAAAUUCAAUAUAUGGUUCGCACGUGAUGCAAUUUGGUGACAUAGGGCUAAGCAGGGAUAGUCUAUUCCUAUAUUUGGGAUCAAAUCCUGCUAAUGAAAAUUUCACUUUUAUGGGUAGAAACUCAUUAGUGCCACCUUCAAAAACGGUUAACCAGCGUGAUGCAGAUCUCAUCCAUUUCUGGGAUAAGUUCCGCAAAGCUCCUCAGGGUUCUCCUAGGAAAGUUGCAGCUCAGAAGCAAGUUCUGGAAGCAAUGUCUCACAGAAUGCAUAUAGACGAGAGCAUAAAACUUGUUGGAAAACUUUUAUUUGGCAUGAAAAAAGGUCCAGAGGUGCUUGCCAGUGUUAGACCAGCUGGGCAACCUGUUGUCGAUGACUGGGACUGCCUGAAAUCAUUGGUUAGGACUUUUGAGACAUAUUGUGGAUCUCUGUCUCAGUAUGGGAUGAAACACAUGAGGUCCUUUGCGAACUUCUGUAAUGCAGGAAUACACAGUGAGCAAAUGGCCGAGGCCUCUGCACAAGCAUGCAUCAAUAUUCCAGCCAAUCCCUGGAGUUCCCUGCAUGGUGGUUUCAGCGCAUAAUUCCCGGUUACAUAUCGAAGAUUAAUGCAUAAUUGUUGUACGACUAUGCUUUAUAUAUAAUUGUUAUAUUUAUAAUAUAUAAUAUAACGUACAUGGUCAUGAUUUGUUGCACACCCCUCUGUAAAUACAAAUGGAACUCGUGAGGGACCUUCUUAUUAUGUGUAUUAAAACAUAAAUAUAUUAUAAUAUUAAUGUACAUGGUCGUGAUUUGUUACGGACCUCUGUAAAUAGAAACGAGAUGUGUGACGCGGUGCGAGGUCAUGUUUGUACCACAA